AUGUCCGCCACCACCAUGGUUGCCGCCGACGACAGCCCCUCCGAUGCCACUCGUUCAGUUCACACCCGCAACACGAAGGGCGGUCGACGACUUCAUUAUGAAUUGACCUGCCUCCAACAGCCCGAGCGCGCGAGAGCCUGCGGCUCUGGACAGAAGUCCGCCGCCGACCGUCGACCUGUCGACCCGCCACCCGUCGUUCAGCUUCGCGUUCUCGAGGGCCCUACCCUCGAGGACAGCAAGGACAUCACUCUCGGCUACAACGCCAACUUCUUCGUCUACGUGGAUUUGCAGCAUGCUCGCCCCAUCGCCAACGGUCGCGUCCAGACGCCUGCUGCCACGACGCCUCCUGUUCUGACUGGUGCCCCCGUCUCUGGCAUGGCGUACCUCGACCGCCCUGCCGAGGCCGGCUAUUUCUUGUUCCCUGACUUGUCGGUCCGCCACGAAGGCCGCUACGUCCUCGGAUUCAGCCUCUACGAAGAGCUCAAGGACGAGAUGGAUCAGGACGCCGACCCCGUGGACGACGACCCUACCCCCGGAUUCUACCUGGCAUGA